AGGGAGAGAGGACGUGCGCUCCAGAGCGGCUGCACCGGAUUGAUUGUGGGGGAUGCUACAAUUUUAUUCUUCUAUAUAGACUCGCUUCAAGCGCUUGGUCGCCUUGUCUUUAUUUCACCCAACUCCGUAUCAGUCUCAUUUUGCUACUUAACUCAAGCGGAAGAGAAGCCUUCAUUUGGAGUGUUCGUAAAGACAGAUGGUGUGGAAUGUUCCCAUGUCAUAGAGAAACAUACGCAGUAUAGACGCUAAUGGGACCGUUCGUUGGAACACUGAGGUGACGGACGCAUAUCUGGCAGUCUGGUAAAGGAUGGAACGCGCAAAUAUUAGACUAUCAAACUGGAAUAACGUGUCAUAACACGCGCCUUCAACCACUGCACAUUGCUGAGCCUCCCUCUAUUUCAACUAGAACCUGGGAGCCUGACGGCCGAGCGAGCGAGAGAGAGCGAGGGCUGACAUGGUGCACAGAGCCAACGGCAGAAUCCGGGGGUGAGAGGUCAAGGGUCAAAGGCCGGCGCACCGGGAAAUCGUCAAGGGAGGCGUCAGGAGGCGAUCGGAGGGCUGCGGCGGAGGGAUACGUCCAGGGGCCAGAGCGAAGGAGCAGGCAGGGAGGCCCGGGCGCUCGAGCGGUCACAGGCCAGGCGGAGCACGCAGGAUGUGGGAGGGACUCGUGCUGCAGGUGAUCUUCCUGUGUUUGGGCGUGGCCCUGUGCAGCCACCCCCCCUCUCUCCAGGACCAUGCCCACCGGAGGAGGCUCUCGCCGCACCGGCACCGGGAACGGGGCAAGGAGGGCCAGGUGCUGCACCGGUCCAAGAGGGGCUGGGUCUGGAACCAGUUCUUCGUCAUAGAGGAGUACACCGGGCCGGACCCCGUGCUGGUGGGCCGGCUCCAUUCCGACGUGGACUCCGGCAACGGCAACAUCAAGUACAUCCUGUCGGGGGAGGGCGCGGGCACCAUCUUCGUCAUCGACGACAAAACGGGGAACAUCCACGCCACCAAGACGCUGGACCGCGAGGAGCAGGCGCAGUACACGCUCACGGCGCAGGCCGUCGCCCGCGACACCAACAAGCCCCUGGAGCCCCCGUCCGAGUUCAUCGUGAAGGUGCAGGACAUCAACGACAACCCGCCCGAGUUCCUGCACGGCCCCUACUACGCCAGGGUGCCCGAGAUGUCCAGCGUGGGUACGUCGGUGAUCCAGGUGACGGCCACAGAUGCAGACGACCCCACGUACGGAAACAGCGCCCGGCUGGUGUACAGCAUCCUGCAGGGCCAGCCCUACUUCUCCGUGGAGUCACAGACAGGGAUCAUCCGAACGGCCCUGCCCAACAUGGACAGGGAGGCACGGCAGGAGUACAACGUGGUCAUCCAGGCCAAGGACAUGGGGGGCCACAUGGGCGGGCUGUCUGGGACAACGGAGGUGAAGAUCACCCUGACGGAUGUCAACGACAACCCUCCCAAGUUCCCUCAGAGCACCUACAGCAUGUCGGUGGCAGAGGACAAGGCGGUGGGUGAGGAGGUGGGCCGGCUGAAGGCGCGGGAUCCGGACCUGGGGGAGAACGGCCUGGUGACGUACCGGCUCCUGGAGGGGGAUGGCAUGGCCGUGUUCGAGAUACACACGGACUCGCACACCCGCGAGGGUGUCAUCAAGCUCAAAAAGACGGUCGACUUUGAGACGAAGCGCGCCUACACGCUGAAGGUGGAGGCGUCGAACGCGCUGGUGGACCCGCGCUUCAUCGCGUGGGGGCCCUACAGGGACACAGCCGCCGUGAAGAUCGCGGUGGAGGACGCCGACGAGCCGCCCGCCUUCACGGCGUCCGGCUACAGCUUCGAGGUGGAGGAGAACGCCCCAGAGGGCACGUCCGUGGGCCGGGUGCACGCCAAGGACACGGACGUGGCCAACAGCCCCAUCAGGUACAUGAUUCCUCGCUACACAGACGUGGAGCAGUUCUUCAGCAUCGGCCCGGAGGACGGGAUCAUCAGAACCACCCGGCCGCUGGACAGGGAGACCCAGGCCUGGCACAACAUCUCCGUCAGCGCCACAGAGAUCAGUGGACAUCACCAAGAUGCGAAAGCUCGUGUCAACGUCAAAGUUAAAGAUGUGAACGAUAACGCCCCGGAAUUCGCCACUCAAAACGAAGUACUGGUGUGUGAAAACGUUGCACAUGGCAAGCUCAUCGAGACGGUCAGCGCAGUCGACAAGGACGAGAUGGCCCACCGCCAACACUUCCGCUUCAGCCUCGCCCCCGAGGUCGCUAACAACCACAAUUUCUCCCUCAAGGACAACAGAGACAGCACGGCCGGUAUCUACGUGACCCGGAAGGGGUUCAGCCGGAUGACUCAGGACAUCUACCUCCUGCCCAUCGAGAUAAACGACAGCGGCAGCCCGCCCAUGAGCAGCACCAACACGCUGACCAUCCGCGUGUGCAGCUGCGACAGCAAGGACACCAUCCUGUCCUGCAACGUGGAGCCCUAUGUCCUGCCCGCCGGCCUCAGCACCGGGGCCCUCAUCGCCAUCCUGGCCUGCAUCAUCAUCCUUCUGGCGAUCGUGGUGCUGUUCGUGGCCUUGCGGAGGCAGAAGAAGGAGCCCCUCAUCGUGUUCGAGGAGGAGGACAUCCGGGAGAACAUCAUCACCUACGACGACGAGGGCGGGGGCGAGGAGGACACGGAGGCCUUCGACAUCGCCACGCUGCAGAACCCCGACGGCGCCAACGGCUUCCUGCCGCGCAAGGACAUGAAGCCGGAGCUCCAGUACGCGCACCACCCGGGCGUGCGCCCCGUCGCCAGCAGCGUGGACGUGGACGACUUCAUCAAGACACGCGUGAUAGACGCCGACAACGACCCCACCGCGCCGCCGUACGACUCCAUCCAGAUCUACGGCUACGAGGGCCGGGGCUCCAUCGCCGGCUCGCUCAGCUCCCUGGAGACGGUCACCACGGACUCAGACCUGGACUACGACUACCUCCAAAGCUGGGGCCCGCGCUUCAAGAAGCUGGCCGACCUCUACGGCACCAAAGACUCCGGCGAUGACAACUCCUAACACCCGAGAGAUUCUCCAUUCAAAGCCCCCCCGACCCUUCCCCCAAAACCCCCCGCCCUCCACACCACCCUCCCGCCUCCACCUUGCCCCCCCUCUACCGACAUUUAGUGUGUGAAGUUUACUAUAAGAAUUUCAUUCCACGUAAAGAAGACCAUCUAUUUAUAGUAAACUUUUCUGCUUGUUUGUUUUAAAGUAUACAUAGAGUGUGAUCAGUCUCAGUCGCAGGGUUGAACCUGGACCAAGUGAAGAAAUGAGGAGAAAGCUGAAAUACAGACACCUCGAUGGGAUUUAGCAGUGUAUCAAACAAACGCAUACGUGACAUGGCAAUGAACGAGUUGAAAAAACAUUCGCUUUUGCCUGCCGGACAGCUAGUACAGCUUUGACUUUACAGCAGUUUUCCAGGACAGGAAAAUACAUGAACCUGGGACUACUGAUACUGUGAAAAUGCUCACCAUGAAAAAAACAAAAACAAAACAAAAAAAAAAAACCGUUGCCUUAUUAAAAAAAGAACAAAAAAACAAAAAAAAGACAAAAUAACAUCAAACUGAGAUUGAACGCUUCUAGAGCACGUCCAUCUUGCAAAUGUUUUGCCCUGACUAGGAUUUUUUUUUCUAGAUAAAAAAAUGGCAGAGACUUUUCUGUGUUUUUUUCAGACUCAAAGAAAUUCCAACUUCCGCCAAAUGAAGUAUCAAUCACAAAAAAACAAGCUGUGAGCUAAAAAUGGCCUUAAAUAAUGGACACUCUUGAGACGCAGUGCAUUUUUUUGUAACUUGAAAAAAUAUAUAUCGUAAAGCAAGCUAAAAUCCAUUUAACGUAUGUACAGUACAAUGUGCAAAUAUGUCUCUUGAGGAUCAAAACUUGCGCCGUCUUAUUCUUUAUACUUUUUUUAGUAUUAUAUGAUUAUUAUUAUUAUUAUUAUGAUUAUUAUUAUUGUUAUUUUGGGUUCUCCUUUCUUAUUUUCUUUAUUGGCAAAUUGUAUUCUCUUUCCGUAAAUACCAAUCUAUGUCCUGUCGCAGUGGAAGAUGCCUAAUUUCUAUGUCAAUUUACGGUAUCUAUUUGUACAAUUUUAAAGGUUCUUAUUUUAGUAUACAUGCAGAUAUCAGUAUUUCAUGUGAGAAAAUGUCACAUCACUCAUAUUUUAUCAACAUUGUACCGUCGCUUUACUACGUGCUUCAGUCUAAGAAGCGGAAAUCUUUUAAAUAAAUGCUUUUUAUAAAAAGA